CGCUAUGUGAUUGGCGGUCCAUGACCAACAGAACAGGUUAAAGAGAGUUUAAAAGGAAUCCGGAGCAACAGUCAUUGGAGGCUCAAUGGCUACUUUGAGGCUUCUACUUGUUUCCCUGUUGGCUGGCUUUACAGUGAGCUUAGUGGCGGAUCUGCACAAAAGAAUCAUUGGGGGUCAAGAGUGUGAGCCAAAUGAGCGUCUGUAUCAUGUGAAACUGUAUAAAGGUGAUGGAAAAGAACUGCGCCUUUGCGGAGGCUCUCUCAUCAGCAAUCGAUGGAUUCUGACCGCAGCUCACUGCUGGAAUAAACACUUGUUAAUGUUUGCCAAUUUAGGAGUCCAUCCUGGUUGGAAAGAGCUGGUGAGCAUAACAACACAUAAAAUUUAUGAAGAAGGACCCAUGUUCAAAAAGCAGUCCCAUGACUUGAUGUUACUGAAGAUUCCCUCUUCAGCAAAAAUUCCACCCGAGGUUAAACCUGUUGGACUUCCUAACUGUACAAAUCAACCUCAACUGGGUGACACAGUGCAGAUCGCAGGUCACAGCUCAACCACAACCACAACAUGGGGCCCUUUUAAAUUGAGAGUAUAUGGGGAUAUGUCACCAACUCUUCAAUGUGCAAACUUAAAUGUUGUUGACUGUGCACUCGUUAGAGGACUUGAAACACAUGAAUACUAUGGUUACCAAAGCAUAUUCUGUGGCCAGUCCCCCGAAGCAGAUGUAUGCCAUGGUGACUCUGGUGGAGGUGUGGUGUUUGACGGCAAAAUUUAUGGUGUAAUGGUUUUCACAGGAAAUAAGUUCAUAGCAUGUGACAAGCCAGCUGGAUUUACAAACCUCUGCCAUCCACAAUAUUACAACUGGAUCAAAAAGCACAUUAAAAAAAUCAAGGAAAUUGUUUGGCAUUAAUUUUGGUCCAGCUGAAGAAUCUUGUGAUUAUAAUAUUUGAAUAUUUGAUAUGUGUUCAAUAUUUCAAUAAACAAUGUGAAAAAGACAAAGCUAAAAAAAAUAAACAGCAACAUUAUUAAUUGUAACUUAAAACCUUUUUUUUCUGCAGACUCAGUGUCAGUAAACUCACCAAAUGUUUUAAAAUUUUCAUUGUUGCCUGUGAAAUUUUAAAAUCUCCUUGAAAUGGCUCUUUAUGUGGCUCUUAGUUUAAUACAAAUGGUUUUAUUUUAAUUUGCUUUACUGCUUUUUUCUUCUAGUGUUAGAAUUGGUGAUUCCCCUCUUUUUAUUUUGCUCUACUGUUCAGUUGUCUUUCCAAGAUAGUCUCGAUUGGAGAAAGGGAAAAGUAGUUGUCAAUACAGAAAGGUCAUAUAGAAAGUUUUUAAAAAAAGAAGACUGUCUUUUGGGAUCUCAUUACAUAUAAAAACAUAUAAAUACUUAUUUUGUGUUGAUUUGGAGUAUUUCAUUUUAGGGGAAUUUUUUCUUUUAUUCCCCCCUUACUCAACAGAUGAAAAGUACUUCUCCACUAAGUGCUCUGCUGGAGCAUUUACUCCAGAUUCAUAAACAUGCGUUGCCAUGGAAACGACAUUAACAGAGCUGCUACUCUGACUAAUAGGGAAACUUAUGUUUUUCCGUUUUUUUUUUUAACUGGAUGUUUCUUAUAACUGCAGCGAAAUACUUAUUAUACUUAAUUAUUAAACAUAAUUGAAUGAUUAGCAUGCAAAAACAUGAGAAUAAAAUCUUAAAAUGACCAAAACCAUUGAUAUAAAAUGUACAGUGCUGUUACCCUUGAAAUUAUUUACACCAAUCCAAUUCACUGUGUUGGAAUUUUUUUUUGUCUAAUAAAACACACAGAGUGUCA